GGUUCCGACCCAAAGUAAACAUGGCGGCGUCCAUGUGCUGCUCGCGCAUUGCAUCGAGCAAGAGAGCCAUGCUGACUAGCGUGCGGUACGCUCUGCGUCCUCGCGCGAAAGCGUGCCGAUGGGGCUCGCACCUUGCCAGGACCUUCUGUUCUUCAAGUGGCAAGAGCUCCGACGAUUCGGCAGGCAAGAGCGAGCAGCCAGCCAAGGACGAACCAACAGCUGACCAAAAGAAAGCGGCGCUGGACAAGCUUUCGGCUCUGCUAUCCGACAUGAAGAUUGAGUCCGUCGCAAGCACAGAUCCCAACAGCUUGUCUUUCAAACUGGCCAAGCCUGGGCUGCCUAAGAAGCCAGAGCUGAAGGAAGAAGCACAAAGGACCAAGGGCUUGGGCAAGGCAGUAGUGCAGGCUGCCAGAGAGGUAGCUGCCAGCCUGGGCAGCAGCAAGGAGCAGAAGGAGCGGACCGAGUCGGAGCUGCUGGCACGGCUUCGUGUGCACGCACAGGAGAGGCAGGGAGACCAGCAUGUUGCUCCAGAAAAGGACAACACAGCCACUCUCAGCGACCUGUUCGUCGGCAUGAAGAUCGAGCGUAAGAAAGCCAAGCAACAGGGAAGGCAAGAGAGUGGUGCGUACAUGCGUGGAGAUCGCAGCCGCAGAGACCGCGAGCUUGGCGCAGUGCAGAGCGAGUUCCUACCAGGCACCAUCGAUGCACUGACGGAGCAAGUCAACAGGGACACAAAGGCUGCCGCACGACGACAGUCUGCAGACAAGCAACAACGCAUCGAGGAGAAACUAGAAGUUGAUGUCGACAGACGGCUUGGCAUCUUCUCAAAGGACAUUGAAGAAAACACAGACGUGCCACAACUGAAGACGUGGGAGAAACUACAGCAGCGUGAACUGCAACUGUUGGUCACACCACCACCCAAGAACGCUUACGAAGAGAUGAUCCUCUGGACCGAGCAGGGCAAGCUGUGGAAGUUCCCCAUUGACAACGAAGUAGGUCUGGACGAGGAGGCACAAAUAAGCUUCGAAGAGCACGUCUUCCUGGAGGAACAUAUCACGGACUUUCCCGAGCGCGGCCCCAUCCGCCACUUUAUGGAGCUGGUCCUGGUGGGCCUGUCCAAGAAUCCACACAUUUCUGUCCAGCGCAAACGCGAGCACAUAGAGUGGUUCCGUCAGUACUUCCGUGCCAAGGCCGAUGUUCUGCGUGCUUCGGGAGCACUGCCCGAGGAUGGCGAGUUCUUCUACUUGGGCCAGGACAAACAGCAGAGCAGCAUUGAGGCCAGCUGAACAGCAGCUAUAGGUGAAUGUGAUAGCACCACUAGGGUGCACGUGCCGAUCACUGUUCAUCUGGACGCAAUGGACGACUAAUGUGACUGUUGUGCAUAAUGUAUUUUCACGGCUGAGAGUGACAAUGUUGGGUGCAGACUACACACCACAUGGCAUGCCGAAAUUGUCGGAAUUCGUUUCGUGUGGCUUUAUUUGAAAUGAGAGACAUAAAAUGCAUUUCGUGAGCAGACACACUAUGUAUGUGCAUUGCCUGUCCCUGUGUCACUGCAGUGCAGCACUGCAAUGGCCCAAUGUUAUUGUCUAAUUCUGUGACUGAGGCCAGGCCUUCCUAGUCAUUGCCAGAAGAGAGAGCACCAGAAUGAACAUUUCAGGCCACGUGCAUGGUGUGAACGCAUGCAAUUCUGCUUGUUUUAGUGGUACUCAAGUUGAUGUUGACAUAUUUAAAGUAAAUUCAUCUGAGCUUUGGCCCUAUGUAAAGGCAGCAGUUGCUAAUAAAUAUGCAGGAACCACUGUUUCGUAGCUUUGUAGCCAACAGUAGACAUUCUUGAUAAGGCAAGCUCUCAAACUAGUCGUGCUCAAUUGAAGACGCUUCUUCGAAGGAGCUUGUGCAGCUGAAAUCUCAAGACAAGCUAAGCUGUCAUUUUUUAUGCCUGAUAUCAGUAAGGCCAGCUUGCUGCUCAAAAAUAUUUCUUCGAAACAAAUCUGCAUGUACCACUCGUGUCGUUCAAGCAUAGCAAUUUCUGAACUAGCCGUUGCAAAAACAUGGGCUAAGGUAAAAUGAGCAGACCUAGAGCCACAAAAUUUCAACCACAUUGCAGAUAAUUUCCUCCUCUCUCAGUGUAAUGAAACAUGAUGCGCAGAUUAUGUAGUAUUCCAUCAACCUUCAUGGGCCCCCAUUAUAAAGUGCUGCGACUUGCUUCGAAAGUGUCACAUUGUGAGCAUGUGUUGUAGCACAGCAAACAAUAAAAAGAAUUUUUAAAUACCUUUUCUUCA